GCUGAGAAGAAGGCCAGGCCAUGCGAGGCGCAACAGAGUCGUGGUGGCUGGCGUGCUCUAUGAAUGCGUCUGAACCCCCCGCGAGGGUCCGCUACGUGCACCGGGAGUGAAAACGGGUUGGGUUGUCCUUGCCAGGACCAAAGAUGGCGAUGGCGGCGGCGGCGGCGCCUCCUGCCUCCCGUGGGGCGCGAGCGGUAGCGGGGCUGCCUUCAACAAGUAUGGCUGCCGGGACGGGCGAGCGGGAGAGGCCGCCGCGCUUCGCCGUGUGGCUCGGAGACCCGUAUGAGAAAGUAACUUGCCCCUAUGAUGCUAACCAUCAAAUGCCUCAAUCUUCCCUUGAGAAGCAUAUGGUAUCCUGCAGGCUGAGGAAACUAGAAUACUCCAAAGAGGAGGAGAUUGAAAUGUAUGAUUCUACGUUUUUCUACGAGAAAGCAAACAUUCCUAAAGUUCAAAUGGACAAGGAUUUGCAGUUUGACAUUAUUAAACAGGCCACUGCUAAAGAGUGUGGAAGUUAUUCUCCAGGUGCUUUUUCCUCUCUUCCUGUGGAAGUGCCGCAAAACCACAAGCGUUACAUCUGUGACCUGACCCAAGCCGACCGCCUUGCGCUUUAUGACUACGUCCUGGCAGAAACAAAGAACCAGAGGUCAAGAUCUCAGCUGAUGGAAAACGACAGUGAUCUCUUUGUGGAUUUGGCUGCGAAAGUCAACCAAGAUGAUGGUCAGAAAGGUCCAAAGUCCCAUCUUGAAAUUCUCGCAGAGAUGCGGGAUUAUAAAAGACGGCGGCAGUCCUACAGAGCUAAGAACGUCCACAUAACAAAGAAAUCCUACACAGAGGUAAUCAGAGAUGUAAUCGGCGUGCACAUGGAAGAACUUGCCACUCAUUGGCAGGAUGAGAACAAGAACUCAGAAGCUCAUGAUGAAGAAAAAUCUGCUUUUUCAGUAAAGUCUUCAGGAAAAAAGGAGGAGCGGAGGUCUGCGUCAGUUGACUCAAGGCAAUCUUGCGGCAGUUCAAAGGAUGUUGAACAUUCUAGACAUAAGAGAAAUUCUAGCAGAAGCCCAGGCAAACGAAAAAGAAGUCGAGAAAGAGAAAGGGAUUCCCGAAGAAAGAGAGAGAGAGAUGAAGACAAACAUCAUAGUCACAAAAGAAGAAAAUAAAACUUGAACCCUCGUUUAAACUAGGUUGGCAAUGUGAGGAAUGAACACGCAUCCCAGUGGCAUUGUCUAGCAGCUGCACCAGCCCAAUCGGGCAAGCGGUGGUGUGAGAAGUACGCCGUUAUUUAAUAAAGGCCAUGUAAAGGCUCAGUUCCAGUGCAGCUUGGAGCCUUGAAGCAAAGUGGGAGUAUGAUGCACCAAUCUCAUUGCCGUUCCCUUCACUAUCCCAGGUAAAAUAUAGCAGUAAAAUGACACAAGAUAGUGAGUAACACACUGAACUAGUGUCAGAUCUGUGAUAGUGGUGUGCCGUGGCCCAGUGUUUCUCUGUGUUGCCAUCUCAGAAUGAUGGUAUCGUCACAGAUUAACUCGUGAGCUCCUUUCAGGCUGAUGCAACGUUCCAGGUAUGCCUGUCUGUGAGCACCAGAGUGGUCUUGGCCUGUGCUGCCUUCCGACGGCAGCAACUUGGCUGAGGCACAAAGCUGUACCCAGAAAACUGUGAGGCCGCCUCCUAGCAGACUUCUCUGAACUUGCUCUUACUUUUCACAUCCACAAACCUAGGAAAAGGCCGUUGAUGGAUUAUUUAUCACUUGACCUGUACCAUGCAGCUGUUUUUUCAUAGGCCAGCCAAUGGAUAACAGUGGUCCUUGAUCUGAUUUUUACCUUCAGCUACAGCAGCAUACAAGUAUAAUAAAAGUGCAAUUGGAAAGCA